AUGCAGUCCAGCAGUAUAUCAAGGUCACAGCGACCCUACCCAGGAGAUUCUGGCCAGCAAAGCCCACCACCCCAGCACCGACCCUCGGUGUCUGAGAGCAGUGUCGACGGCUCCAUGGCUUCGCAUACAUCCGGUCGCAGUUCUUCCGCGUCCAGUCGAUCCCAAGCAAGCAAAAAUCCUGAUAAGCAAAUCUCCCAAAUCGAAAAAAGCGUGACGCAUCUGUUGGUGGCGACGAAACAGCUCCUUGAGACUCUGACGCAAUGGUCCCGGAAACAAGCCUCGGAAAACGACGUGUCGGAUGUGUAUGUGCGCUUGGGAUAUGAAUUCAAUUUGGCAUGCCGUGCCUUCAAUGCCAUCGGUGUCGACACCUCAGACCUCGGACCAGUGCCGGAUCUUCUUCGUACAAUCCUUGAGGACACCCUCAGCCAAGACGCUUCGCCGCCCAGCCUUGACCGAUAUCUUCCCCGGAUUCGCGAUAUUAUCAUCAACCUGCUGCAUGGACUGAAGAGGAAACAAGCUCGUCUACGGUCACGCCAGCAACGCGAGGAUGGUCGGUCCUUGCCUGCACGCCAGGCGAGUGCCGGAAGUCUCUCUAGUGGGCAGUCGACAAUUGGCCAGCUGUACGAUGAAGCGGCUGCUUCCACCAUACCAUCUUCCACCGGGCAUUCACCGAAACGGCCGCCCCGUCGUUACGGCAGUAAUGGCUCUCUGGAGGACCAACCUUCCAUGCCUCGAACUUCUUCGGCACCAUCAGCAAGCGAAACCCGGGGCACGAGCUAUUCGGAGCGGGAGGCAUCAAGGCGGGAGGCGCAGCAGAUGCUCAGCGAAACCUCACCCUUGGACAAUGAUUCAACACCUCGAGCUGGGGCGUCCACAUCUACAACUCCCUCCGCCUAUCCCGCGCCGCCGCCGCCACCUACUCCCAAGCAGGAUGAUGCGCUCGGAGCCCUGCAGAGAAGUGGCGAGCUUGAGCGUCGGGCGUCUCGUCGUUUCUCUGCCUAUCAAAUCCAGAAACACUUGGGUACGUCGACCAACGGCGUGCCCGUUCUUCCCAGCCAAAAUUCCCCGAUUCCCAAUCGCGGGCGGGAUGUCCGUGAAUCCCUCCAUGCCGUUAAUUUGCGAGGGUCGUAUGUCCAUUCAAGACAGCGGUCCACAAAUCGGCUGCGGGAAGCCCCUCGGGGUGGACAGAAUCAGGUCGCCACACAUGUUCCGGAUGCAGUGGAAGAGGAACGGACAAAGCCCUAUGUGGAAUUGCCCGCGGACCCCCAGCAUUUUGAAACAGGGCCUGCUGAGCUUCCAAAUGACCAGCUGCCUCCAGUAGAACAGCACAACCUUCAGGGUCCCACAAAGGAGGAGGCCCCACCAAUCUUCCCGCAACCUCCAAAACAGCCUGCCCUCGGGGAGGCUUUUGAUGAAAAGACCUCUGCUCCUACCGCAGAAGCGGCCCCAAUAACGCCAAAGCGAGAUAGCUUUUCACCAAUUGCGGAUAUUUCGACACUGACGCCUCCAAUCCCCCAUUAUACGACCGAGCAGCCCUCUCCCGGGAAGGAGCUUACCUUAUUCUUGCAAUACAAAAGCAAGAUUAAGAAGUACGUUCUCCCAGAAGGUAUUACAGGUCUGACCCUUGGGCGACUGCAAUUGGCUUUCAUCGAAAAGUUCGCCUGGAAUACACAGAAUAAUGGCGUGGAUCUGCCGGAGAUAUACAUCCAAGACUCAAUCUCGGGGAUUCGGCAUGAACUGGAAGACUUGGCUGAUGUCAAGGACCGAUCGGUACUGGUGCUGAAUGUUGACAACUUGGACGAGGUCAAGAAGCAUUUCGACGACAGUUUUGGAAACGUGCGUACCCUGGUCGAGGGCGUGAAAGAAGCCAUCGCUGGCCAGGGAACCGCCAUUCAACGUGUCUCAGACCAUCAACUCGAGGCGGCAAAGGAAAUGGCCCGCUUGGCUGUUGUCCCCCCAGCUUCUGUAUCCAAUGCAGCUGUUUCCGACCAGAGUCAAAAAGGCCCGGUGUCCGCAAAUAGGAGCCAGAUUGCAGAACUCCAAAGCUUACGCCGUGAUCUGGCUAUUCUCCGGCAGACCUAUUCCAACUUCUCAUCGGACAUUGCUAGUUCGAUGGGUGCAAUCCGCAGCAAAGCUAGCCAAGUGAAGACUGCUGCGGAUGAUGUUACUGUCCCCACCUAUGAGGGUGAUGCCGGCCGUGCCCGCGUCAACACUGGGAAGAAGGAGCUUGCCGGUGAGUCCGAGCGACUCGUUUCUCGCGUUGAUGACCUCCAAGACUUGGUUGAGGAUCUUCGAAAGGAUGUUGUUACUCGUGGAGUUCGCCCACUCCCGCGGCAGUUGGAAGGUGUCAGCCGUGACAUCAGCAAUGUCACGAAGGAGAUCAAGAAGAUGCAGGACUUCUUGGGUCGCGAGAAGCCUAUCUGGACCAAGAUCUGGGAGAAAGAACUGCAGCUGGUUUGCGAAGAGCGAGACCAGCUUACAAUGCAGGAGGACCUUGCUGCCGACCUGCAAGACGAUCUCGAGAAGGCUGCCCAGACGUUCGCACUUGUCGAGCAGGCCACCAAAGAGCAGGCCAUGGGCAACGCCAACCCUGGCGGUGUCACUCUGCGAUCUACCUCGCGGACUCUGGGGAUCGACCCCUCUGUGGACCCCAUGAAAGCCAAGGAUGGUGUUUUGGGCGAGGUUCGCGCACUGCAACCCAACCACGAAAGCCGCCUCGAGGCUAUUGAACGGGCCGAGAAGGCGCGCAAGAAGGAGCUCGAGACUCGACGGAUAGGGCUGUUCCAAAAGGAACUCGGUGCAUUUGUCGAAGAAGGCAAACUCAAGAAGAGCGGUGGUGUGGAAGAAACCGAGCGCCUUCGCACUGCCAAAGAUGAUCGCAUUCGCAAGGAAGUUUGGGACCGGCAACAGGCCCGCAAUGCCGAGAUGGAAAAGGCCGAAGCCGAAGCUGCCGCGGCUCAGUCCCAGUCAAAGGCCGAGGAUGAAGACGAACAAGAAACUCCGGGCGAGACCCAAGAAAUCACCGAGGAUGACGGUGGAGCAGAGCAGGAGGAGCCGGCGGACAAUUCGCAGCCAUCUGCUGAAGAGCCCGAGAAGAAGGAUGCUGGCUCCCAGGAGCAUUCGCCCGAGCCUGGGGUUAUUUAA